AUGGUCGCCACCGCCACCCCCGUGUCCACGCGCCUCCGCCGCUCCACCGGCACGCACGACGAGUACGUGGUGUGCGUGGGCCGCCGCCAGGUCGUCGCCACGGUCACCGCACACGCGGGCGCGGCGCGCCGGUGGCUGCAUACCACGAGGUGGCGCCACCGCGGCCGCCUCCACUCCGACUGCGGCUUCACCGUCGGCAUGGGGGUGCAGUGGAACCCGAAGUUCCGCGCGCCGGAGGGCGGCGCGGACCCGCGGUCGGGCACGCUGCAGCUGUGCGUCGGCCACCGGUGCCUGGUGUUCCAGAUCGCGCACGCCAACGCCGUCCCCGCCGUGCUCCGGCGGUUCCUGGCCGACACACGCGUCGUCUUCGUGGCCUACGGCGUCCGCUGCGACUGCCGCAAGCUGGAAGAGCACCACGGGCUGGAAGUCGCGCGCACGGUGGAGCUGCGGGGGCUGCCCAGCAUGGGCAACACGUCGAUGGAGCGCAUGGCGGAGAAGCACCUCGGGUGGCACGGGGUCUCGAAGCCGAGGAAGGUGGGCACGAGCAGGUGGGACGCGCGCAAGCUGACCAAGGAGCAGGUGCAGUACGCCUGCGUCGACGCGUACGUCACCUUCCGCCUCGCCGUCCACCGCGACGCCGGCGACGACAUGUCAGCCUGA